GAUAAAGGUUAUGGGGCUCGCAAUGAGGAAACAAUAUAUAAAACUGGGAGCACACUCGGAGAAGUAACGAUUGCGGAUAUGUCAAUAGUGUCCGAAGUUUACGCAAGAUUCGCCGAUGUGAGCGUUACAAGCAUCGUGAAUAACAAUGGAACGCGUGACAACGAGACCGUAUUUACCAUUCAAAUUCCUCUAUCGGCGUUCAUUUCCAAUUUUACAAUGACGAUUAAUGGCGUAGAAAACGAAGGUCGAGUCAUGGAAAAAUAUCAAGCAGAAAAACUUUACGAUGAUGCUAGGAACAGGAACGAAACUGCGGGCCAUGUGUCCCAAGAUUUGAAUCCUAGGAAGAGAAGGUUAGAUGUAGAUACAUUCUCGGUCCGAACGAAUGUUCAAGCACGAUCAUCUGUCCUGUUUGUGUUACAGUAUCAAGAACUUUUGGAGCGACGAAACGGACAGUACAAGCAAAUGAUAAAUAUUCAACCGAACCAAAUUGUACCCAACCUGACGAUGAUGUGCUCAUACCACGAGCCCCAGGGAUUUGAUACAUUCCAAGUUCAAACACCGAAAGGCUUAAGCGAUUCUGUCAAUUCAAAUAUCAGUAAUUUUGUCAGCAUAAAAACGGAAACACCGGAAACACGUGUUGUGAAGUUUAAACCUUCUGUUGAUCUGCAGACGUCAUUUGAUCCGCGUUUGGGUAUCCAUGGUGACGUCAAGUAUUUUUAUGACGUCAUUCACAAAGAGAGUACGGUCAGCGGCGGUUUGGCACUUUACACAACGGAUGGCUUUAUCGCUUCUUACUUUUCACCAGCGGACACCUAUGAGGUUUUACCAAAAGCUGUCGUUUUUGUAAUUGACAUUAGCGGUUCAAUGUACGGACCGAAGAUCAAUCAAGCAAGAGAUUCUCUUAUCGACAUUUUGAGAAAGCUUAGGCCGAUUGACGCGUUCAAUAUCGUUCUUUUUGACGAUUCGCUGACGCUCUUUAGAGAAUCGUUUAUUGCCGCUACGAUAUUGAACGUGAACAUGGCGGUAGAGUAUGCUGCUUCAAAAGUCGUCGCAAGAGGGUCGACCAACCUGUUGAAAGCCAUAAAUAUGGUUGACAGCACAUCGAUGAUUGAUGACCGAGGGAAUAUUGUUAUAUUUCUAACGGAUGGACUCCCAUCGUCCGGCGCAACUACUAACCCCAAUGAAAUACGGGCUAACAUUCGAAACGCAAACUAUGUAACCACUGGUUCGAAACGAGAAUACAAAGCAGUGAUUUACUCUCUGGCAUUUGGUUUCGAUAUGGAUUUUGGUUUUCUAAGUGCUCUGUCGGAAGAGAAUGGAGCAAAUGCCCGGCGAAUCUUCGAAGGCGUUAGUGCCAAGAAUCAGUUGGUGUAUUUCUACGACGAACUUUCAGAUCCCUAUUUAAGUAGGGUCAGUUUCAGUAUCUUCAAUCUGGACACGCGAACAGAAAUCAACAAACAAGUUAAGGUUGUCACGUCACGGUCUGAAUUUCCAUACUUCUUUGGUGGCUCCGAGAUAGUAAUGGUUGGAAAAAUGAACGCGAUUUCAACGGAAAGUUGGGGAAUCUGUGUCAAUGCUGUAAGCAGUACUGGUAAUACUAUAAUCCCCAUUCCAUCGUCGUUGUUGGAUAGUCUUCCAUCUGGGAUAUCCAACGAGGGUCGAGUGGAUUUCAUCGAAAGGAUAUUCGCAUACAAGCAGAUUAAAUACUAUCUGAUUAUGAUGGACAUCGCAAGAGACGAAUCUGAUGCGGUCAAAUUCAAGACACUUGCGCUCAAUAUGUCGCUGGAGUAUAACUUCGUCACCCCGCUCACGUCGAUGGUAGUCACGCAACGUUUGCAUGAUCCAAGUGCAGAAAUGGAUGUUUAACGUUUGCGAAAAAAAAUUUAGAAUGAGUGCCAGUUACCAGGUUGAUGCGAGUUACUCAAAUGGUGGCGUUGGUCUAACGCUGGAAUACCUAUUUCGAGUUUCUUGCUUAUUAUGUACUAUUGUUCUUUUCUGUUAAAGAUGAAACGUAUCCGGUGAACCUUUGUGUAAUCAUUUUAUUCGGAACGAUUAAGGUUGAAGAAAUAUAUGAAACUUCAAUUUUGAAUAAUAUUAUUUUGCAUCGUUUUUGUUGUUUUUGCUUUUAACCAGAUUCUUGUUGGUAACUACUUUUCUAUUACAUAUACGUGCGAAUUGUAUUAGAAUGUUAAGCCAUUAUUUAGUCUUUCUGAAGUGCAAAGCUGGUGUGAAUUCGACUAAGUUAAUGCGCUAUUUAUCAAUUGGCUUUACAAUAUUACGAAGCAUAUUUCGCUUAAUUCAGCCUAACAAUAGCUAUUAUUUAUUAUAAAUAAAUUAAUACUGAAAAGUGUUUUUAAAAAGUGACGUUCUCUAAUAAUGUAUCAUAAAUCAUACAUCCCCGAGCGAUUCAUGUCCACAUUGACUUUUACAAAAUCGUAAGAUUAUUUGCAUCUCUAUGUCUCUGUCCUUAAGUAGAUCAAAAUAUGUAUGCCUUUAAUCUAAUUCAUGUAAAAAAAGUGUGUACAUAUGUUUUAGUAUAUUA